AUGAGCGGGGGAAGAGCGAACGAGCGCGAAUCUGUAUUCGCGCCGAAGAAGCAGAUAGCCAUCGGAAUAGGCAAGGGCGACCGAUUAUGCAGGAAUGUGUGGGAUGAAUCAUUUAUGCACUGCGAUCUACUCGGCAGUACGUUCGGAGCCUUGCAAUGCACUUGGACUUGUACAUUCUAUGUUACAUAUGGAAAUAGAAGAGUGAUAAGUUCUCAUAAUAUAAAUACCAGUAACAUUAUGACAGAACAGUUAAAAGAACAUGAGAGUUGGCGCCCCUUUUCUUAA